AAACUUGAUUUGGACUUUGUACUCAAAUCCACGUCACGAAGUGGGUACGUAACUUGAAGAGCCCAUGCCCCCAACAUGCCUCAGAGACUGUCAUAUGUAAUUACAUUCGUUGACAUCUGUUCGUGAUCCGCCAACGGCGUUUUACGCACAGUACUAGUGAAAGCUCGGCAGUGACGUUCGUAUAGAAUCGAGGGUUCACCUGAUGCACUACCCUUUGUCCUGAAUCAAUCAAUAUGGAUCAUCCUUACCCUAGAACCCAUCUCCAUGAGAAUCACGGACCUUCUGAGAAGCACCCGGUCAAAUUUAUAGCUCGUACCCUCGAGCUCCAAGUCCUUCCUGACCUGUUUGUUUGACCCACACCGUCUUGCAUUGGCACCAGCUCGAAAUCGACACCAAGAUCAUGGCGCACCCUGUCAUAUGGCGAGGAAAAGUGUUCUUUUACCCCAUUGGCAAUACACCUGCAGUUUGCCUCACACAGGAUCUUUGUCCAACUGAAAAAGCAGACAUGCUGCUUCUUGGUUGCGGCGAUCCGAGGCAUAUCCUUUAUACUGUAUAUACAAACAGUGCUGGCUUGCAAGGAUCACGAAAACUGGACUUCACUUGCUGCGACAUCGAGAGUGCAGUCAUUGCCCGUAACGUCAUCUUAUUCACCCUCCUUGCCGAUGAAGGCGCUGCGCAGAAAGUGCCUCAAAUCUGGAACAUAUUUUUCCACUUUUACCUCGACAUAGCCUCUCGUGACCUGCUCAUAUCACAGUGCAGGAGGUUGGUCGAGCUAUCCGAAGAUCUGGAUAGCUGGAACAAUGGUCCUUACGGUCAUUUCCUUCGCAUGUGCACUGGAGAUACUCUCGCCGAGUUGCGGCGCCUUUGGCAGCUCUACGUCAAGACGGCUACUUUCUCUCCUAGCCAGGCAAAAGAAUUUGAAUCUGCAUAUGCUGCUGAUGUCAAGGCAGGCAGGGCGAAGUUUGAACACGUGUUCACAUCAAGUCGCGCAGCCGGGCCAUUGUCGAUGUAUGCCUUCGAGAAGGCCAGUGACCACUACAACGUGUACUGGGGUACAGGCAUGUGCUCUGCCGUCCCCAAGAGACCCUUUGAGGCGUCACAUCCAAAUCCGACCUUAGCAUACUCCAUGGUUGGUGACAGAUUUGGGGUCCACUAUGGAACGGAUCCUCUCGCUUGUUUUCAUUUGGCAGAGGCACUUGCACCACCUGUCGGAAGCGUUCGCCACCCAGAGAAAUGUACUCUGAAAGACAUAGUAAAUGUCUGCAAGAUGCAGUUUUCGAGGUGGUGCACUUCGGUUUCCGAGGUCGUGUGCAAUCAACGUCCAUCUUCUCCGAGCCCGCUCAUGAUUCGUUGCUUCGUGGGCGACGCUCUCAGCUUGUGCCAAGCCCUUGGCUACUCCCACUCCACUAAGUCGACAUCGACACCAUUCCCUGUUGCUCCUUGGAAGCACGCGCGCAUCACUUUUGAUCCUGAUGGUUACAGAAGUCACACGCAGUCGCCUGCGCCGACCACAUUCAACGUCAUUGAUACUUCCAAUCUUAUUGAUCACGUCGGCGUGUUGAAUAUCAUCGCUAUUACUUCUCCCAUUCUUCAGCGAACUCCAUCUACCACGCUGUACACGGAAGGUCUCGCUUCAAGUACCACAGAAGACACGCUGUCCCAACAACUUUGUGCAGAUAUUGCAACUAUUGGUCUGCUCCUCGGCUUGAUUCCUGCGUGCUUCGUAUCGCAGUUCACGAACCGGUCGAACAUGCACGAGCACAUCGCGCGUCUGUCGCAAGAUACAAUCCAGAAUCAUGAGCGCCUCGCCUGGAAGCUGAUCGGCGGGGCUGAGAGACUUGUGACGGAUCUUAGCUGCCCCAUCGACAUCGCUCCGGAGCAGCUUGCAGGUGUUCUCUUCAACAUCUAUCUCAACAUGUUUUCUCAUGAGAACGUGAUGCGAAAGAUGGCCAUGGUCAAGCAGUCGCCAGCGACAAUCAAGUUGAGUGGAGUCGUACAUUACCAUCGCCGUUCAUUCGCGGAGGUGUUGGGUGUCGUCAAGAGGAGGGUGAACACAGAGUGGGAUUCAACCAUGAACAUGCUUCAUGGCAAGAUUCAGAAUGACAUUAUCCUCAUGACCGGAAUGAACUUUUUCCAAGAUCUCUUCUGCCAGCUGCACCUUCUCGGCAUUUACACUGUGUUUUGGCUGUCUCUACAAAAGGUGCAGGAGGUGCACCGCGUCGAAAGGCCUGUCAUCUUUCGCGAUUGGAAGACGCUCCCACAAACUGUCUGUGUCGUCCUCGUUGUUCCUCGGGAUCGCCUUCAGCCGCUCUUACCCGAUCUUGACGAGGCUGGAACACCUGUGUUGCAGUGCGACCUGAGCGGCGUAACAACCCAGAAUACGUUCUCUUGCAUCAACACAGUGUUCGGUGCUAUUAAGAUCAGCGGCCAAGGUGAUAGCAAAACUGCAGCCAUCACAGAAGACGCCACUGGACGGUAUGGGACCUCUCCUCUAGUGGUGUGGUUCUGGGUGCCGUCCAUUGUGCUGAUGAACGAGCGUCGUUUAACCGUCGUAUUAUCUGUUCUCUCCACCCUAGCGACUUGCGCACUCGCCAUGAAGCGGGGGCUCGACCUUUCCAUAUUCCGCGCGGAUAUGGGAGACGAGAAACUUGUGCACAUCCUGCGACAACGUCCUGAUGCUGGCCCAGACAGUCCCGAGGAGAAGAUUAUGCAGAUCGACAGUCGUCCCACGAAGACGUCUGGUACACGUACAUUUGUCACGUUGGACAAAGAAUGCAAGACACCUCAGACAUUCACCACUCGUGUGGAUAUCGUCGAACCGGAGAUGAAAGCUUCCCUGACCAGCGGUACCACACCCACUGUGAAUCAACUUUCCAUGCAUUCGAUCGCCAUCGUUCUUGGAGGCAACUCUUUGCAAUUGCCUUUCCCGCUUCCUGUCGAUGCCAAGAAAGUUAAGCUCCGCGUCGCGCGAAAGUCGCUGUACAUCGAAGUCAUCUUGCCCCUGAAGCUUUCUCUUGGAGGAACAGACAAGAUUGACAUGUUCCCUGUUAUUCCGCAGGGAGGCGAUUUUACUCUCUGGAACAUGCACCGAGUCGAUCUCGAUCAAUGCGUGCCUUUCAGCAUCGCCAACAAACAGGCUCUUGGCUGGAUCAACCCCCACCUCUCCCUCAUGGUGUCUGAGCGUGAAAAAAAUAUCCCCUAUGGAUUGACAACAGGGUCCACACUGCUUGAUGUCAAACACACACUUCAUUCCAUUUUUGGGAGUGCAAGCGGCCUCACGAAUGGAAACCCCCCUCUAUGCCACGCCUUCCAAGCGAAAGAUGAACCGCAGAUCUUUGUCAUGCUCUACAUCACGGACCUACGCUUGGACGUCGGGUCGCACACCAUGAUCGCUGAUGCUUGGGUGAUGCCGUCUUCUCCCUCGUUUGAAAAGUUCGAGGCUUUCAGCAAAGUUUCUGGGCACGUAAAACCUAGCAAUAUGCAGAUGGUUGGGAUGGGUGUCGAGGAGAGGAAGGCAUGGAUGCACCUCCUUGUGGCCGCAACGGAGCGGUGCCGUACCUGGGAGCACAAGAUCAACUGCGAGUACCGUGUCCAAGGCGCUAUCCCUCUAACUUUAGAGCCAGACCAGAGUCCUAUUUGCUCUUGCGGUGCCGGGGUGGGGACAGAAGCGUUUGUAAAGAAAUACCCGAUGCUUCGGCCGCUUGCGCCGUAUGUGACGAGGGCAGCGAUCAGUCCGCUGUUCGCGCUGUCAUACUUGGAAAAGGUCGGUGAUCUAGAAGAUGUCAUUGCGACGAAGACUCCACCGACGCCUGCGCCGGCAGUAGCGGUGCGUCAUGUGUGCGCUGCAUGUGGAAAGGCAGGAGGUGCUUCUGCGUCGUUGUUGAUAUGCAGCCGAUGCAAGGUCGUGCGGUAUUGUUCAGAGGGUUGUCAACGCAAGGACUGGAAAGGGCACAAGAAGGAUUGCAUGGUGUCAUCUUCCUGAAUUCGAGAUCGUUUAUCGCCAGUAAAUAUUGUGUCGAUUUGUCUUUUUUGCUGAAUUCACGCUGCUGCGUUG